AUGCAGGGCGCUAAUGCGGGCUGCGCGGGACAAGGUAUGCCUGGCGUUCCUACAGCGCCUGGAGGUAUGGCCAGUAUGCCAUCCAUGAGCAUGCCAAUGAUGGGAAUGGGAAUGGGCAUGCCGAUGAUGGGAAUGCCUAUGAUGCCAAACCCCAUGAUGAUGAUGAUGGCUGGGGCUAUGGCAGCUGCAAGCAAUGCCAGCAAUGCCGGCAAUGCCAGCAAUGCCAGCAAUGCCAGCAAUUCCAGCCAUGCCAAGCGAUCCGAAUCUCCACCCCAGAGAUCAGAACCAGAGGUUCCAGGCAAAAGGGAAGACAAGCCUUGGGACAUGGAUGCAGACGUCAGAAAACUGGGAGACCAUUUCAACAUUGAAGACAGAUGGCUCGUGCGGCUUGAUGAGCUGAUGAGAAGGCGCAGAGACACGAAAGAGCAGGAUCUGGCCAAGCUGUACGAAGUUUUAGAGCAGGCUCGAAGUCCCACAGGGCUUCUUGUUGCCAAGCUGGGCGAGAUGGAGUGUGGGCAAUUUGUUGGCAAGGUGAAGCCGGAUCGCAACAUCGAGCGGCUGGCCACUAGGUACAACUUGGACACACGUGUGGUUUCCAGGCUGACGGAACUGAGGGUACGUCGAAAGAGGACUCAACAAGAGGACUUCAACCGCCUGGAACAGCACUUGAGCCUCUGCAAGAGGCCAUCGGCAACCGCAACCCUUCUGAUUGGCAAGCUGCUUGAAGGAGAGUUGAAGCAAAUUCCAGACGUGACUUCCGCGAAGGCUUUGGCGCAGAGGUUCAAGCUGGACAAGGAUGCCAAGUCGAAGCUGCGUGAGAUUGCUGAGAAGCGGGCUGACGACGUAGAGGAGGUCAUGGCUCAUCUCGAGAAAACCUUAUUGAUGUCACACCAGCCCUCGGCUACAUUAUGCAAGUUGGCCAAGACUCUGAUGGAUGGCGGCAAGAAAAAGAGCGCCGACGAAAAAUAUGUUGGCAAUUCUGACACAGAUGAGCAGAGUCCAGAAGAGAGGCCAAGAAGUAGAAGUGCAGCACGAAGUGAUUGCAGCACGGACAGCAGCAGCAUCCGAAGAAGACGUGCAGCCCUGGAGAGAAGAAGUCGGAGCAGGAGUCAGAAACGCAAGGGAAAGCCCAAAAAGAAGGAGGCUGCUCCAAAGAGAUUACCAUCGACACCAGCUCCGGGAAGCGUCCAAGUGGGAAGCGGAUCGGGCGGAUGGACGGUCACGGAGUGGUGA